GAAACAAAUAAAUUUUUUUUUUCUUUCUAUCUUGUUCUUUUCUUUUCUCUUUUGACAACCUUUUUUUUCUCUCUUUAAUACAUCCUCACAGUCAACAUUUAUCAUUAUGUCUUCUGAACGUGAAAACAAUGUGUACAUGGCCAAGCUUGCUGAACAAGCUGAACGUUACGAUGAAAUGGUCUCCUUUACUAAAGAAGUUGCCAAGUUGGGUGUUGAAUUGACUGUGGAAGAACGUAACCUUUUGUCCGUUGCCUUCAAGAACGUGAUUGGUGCUCGUCGUGCAUCCUGGAGAAUUGUAUCCUCUAUUGAACAAAAGGAAGAAACAAAGGGAAACACUAGUCAAGUUGAAAAGAUCAAGUCUUAUCGUCAACAAAUUGAAGCUGAACUCCAAGAUGUGUGCAAUGAUAUUUUGGUAGUAUUGAAGGAUAAUCUUAUUCCUAAUGCUCAAGGUGGUGAAUCCAAGGUCUUUUAUUACAAGAUGAAGGGUGAUUAUCAUCGUUAUCUUGCUGAAUUCUUAACUGGUGAAGAUCGCAAAAGCGCCGCUACUGAGGCUCAUGAAGCCUACAAGAGUGCUACUGAUAUUGCUCAAACUGAAUUGGCUCCUACACAUCCUAUUCGCCUUGGUCUUGCCUUGAACUUCUCUGUCUUCUAUUAUGAAAUUUUGAACUCUCCUGACCGUGCCUGUCACUUGGCCAAACAAGCCUUUGAUGAUGCUAUUGCUGAAUUGGAUACCCUGUCUGAAGAAUCUUACAAGGACUCUACUUUGAUCAUGCAACUGCUGAGAGAUAACUUGACCCUCUGGACUUCCGAUCUCCAAGAAGAAGCUGACAAGGCUGAUGAACCCAAGAAUGAAGAAACUGAAGAAGCCAAGUAAAAAAAAAUAAAGAUCCUUUCCAUUUUUUAUUUUUUAUUUUUGUCUUCUUUUUUUUUUUCUUUAUUAUUCUUUCUUU